GGGACCGGCCCCCGCAGUGGCCGCAACGCGGUGGCCUGCCUUACCGACUCCCUCGCUGGUCCCAAAUCCACUGUGACAGCGCCACCUUUCCGCUCCGGCUCUAUAUAUAUGCUCUUCCCGGGCAUCUCCAUUACAACUACUGGCUUUAAGCUUCUACCUCACAAAAUGCCUUCUACUCUCCCUCUCUCCUACUUCUUUUCCCUCUUCCUUCUCGUUUCGUUAUUUUCCGGUCCCCUCCCCGUCUCCUCCGCCCGCUGCCACAAGGAUGACAAGAAGGCCCUCCUUGCUGUCAAGUCCGGCCUCGGCAACCCGUACGACCUGAUCGCCUGGACCUCCGACUACCCCUGCUGCGACUGGGCUGGCGUCAGCUGCGAUUCCGCCACUGGCCGCGUCACCUCCCUCGAUAUCUCCGGAACCAACUCCUCCGCUACCAUCCCCACCUCGGUCGCCGACCUCCCCUUCCUCCAGAGUCUAACCUUCCACAAGAACGCCAACCUCACCGGCCCCAUUCCCUCGGCCAUUGCCACCCUCACCCGCCUCACCUUCCUCCGCCUCGACUGGAACGGCCUCUCUGGCCCCGUGCCUGCCUUCCUCGCCCGACUCACCGCUCUGGACUAUCUCAACCUUGCCUUCAACCAGUUCUCCGGCUCCAUCCCUCCCUCCCUCGGCUCGCUUCCUCUUGAGUUCCUCCGCCUCGACCGCAACCGUCUCACCGGCCCGAUACCUUCCUCUCUUUCCCGGUCGUCGUUAACUUACCUGUACCUUUCUCACAAUGGCCUCACUGGCUCGAUCCCUCAGUCAUUCGCCAAUGCCCAGUUCGAGGUCCUCGACCUGUCCCGGAAUCAGCUCGCCGGGGACGCGUCGCUCCUAUUCGGCACGUCGAAGCCGCUCCAGGUGCUGGACCUGUCGAGGAACCAGUUCGAGUUCGACUUUAGUGCUGUGGAGUUCCCCGAGAACAUGACGGCACUGGACCUCAACCACAACCAAGUCUACGGGAGCAUCCCGCCGGAGAUUACCCAACGGGAGUGGCAGUUGCUCAACGUGAGCUAUAACCGGCUCUGUGGUCAGAUCCCGAGCGGAGGAAAUCUCGGGCGGUUCGACGAGUACUCGUUCUUCCACAACAAAUGUCUCUGUGGGCCUCCGCUUGCGCCCUGCAAGUGAGGAGGACAAGGGUGAUGCAGGGCUUAGUGUCAGUCAAAUAAAGCACGGUCGAAUAGUUUUGUCCCCGUGCUGCUCUUGAUGUCAAGUGUCUUGAUCGUUUUGUAAUUGCACGAUCUUUUUUUCAGAUCCACUUGGUAAAAAUUUCGAUCAAUCUUUCUCUAAGAAUUUUACUUUAAUGAUCAUAUAUUUCAUAGAGAAUAUUUAAAUGAAGGAUCGAACUUAGUGAGUUCGAUCUUUUUU